UCCUUGGAAUAUCUGAAGUCCAUAUGGCUAUGUAUGAUGAAGAUAUCUUGAAAAAUCCCUUUUAUUUGGCCAUUCAGAAGCGGCAUCCUGAUCUAUGCAGCAAAGUUGCAGAACUCCAUGGUAUUGUGUUAGUUCCAUGCAAAGGAAGCCUUUCAAGCAACAGUCUUUCUACCUGCCAGUUCGAAUCUUAUGUUCUGAAGCCGCUAGAAGAAAACUUUCAGACCUUAAAUGGAAAGGAGAUCUUCAUACAAGGAAACCUCAUCAUUUUAGGAACUGGUUUUAAUGAUCAUAUCUCAGUACCUGUUCUUUUUGAGGAAACUUUUUACAAUGAAAAAGAAGAAAGCUUUAGUAUACUGUGCAUAGCUCAUCCACUGGAAAGAACAGAAAGCUCAAGUGAAUCUACACCUUCAUCAAGUUCCUAUUCUCUUAAAAAUAUUGAAGAUGUUAGAGAAUUCUUGGGAAGGCACUGUGAGAGAUUUGAUAAAUACAUAGGAUCUUUCCAUAGAACAUUUAAAGAACAUGAAAGGAAAAGCCUCCGCCACUACAUAGAUUCUGUCAAUGCACUUUAUACCAAAUGUCUCCAGCAUCUUUUGAGAGAUUCGCACUUGAAGAUGCUUGCAAAACAAGAAGAGCAGAUGAAUCUGAUUAAACAAGCAGUUGAAAUGUAUAUACACCACGCUAUUUAUGAUCUAGUCUUCAAAUAUGUGGGGACUAUUGAGGCAAGUGAGGAUGCUGCUUUUAACAAAAUCACGAGGAGCCUUCAAGAUCUGCAGCAAAAGGACAUUGGAGUGAAGCCUGAGUUCAGUUUUAAUAUACCACGUGCAAAGCGAGAACUGGGUCAGUUGAACAAAUGUACUUCCCCUCAACAGAAGCUACUUUGUCUACGAAAAGUGGUACAAAUUAUUAUGCAAUCUCCUAGCCAAAGAGUUAACAUGGAAACCAUGUGUGCAGAUGAUCUUCUAUCUGUUUUGCUGUAUUUACUUGUAAAAACAGAAAUCCCAAACUGGAUGGCCAACUUGAGUUACAUAAAGAACUUCAGGCUUUGCAGUUCAGUGAAGGAUGAAUUGGGAUACUGUCUGACCUCAAUUGAGGCUGCAAUAGAAUACAUACGACAAGGCAAGCUCUCUGACAGAUCAACAGAAUCUGAGAGCCUCUGUGACAAGCUGCUUUUAAGACAAAGGAUGAACUUGUUGUCCCAGAUGUCUGCUACUCCAAUAGACUGCUUAUUUAAGCAUAUUGCUUCAGGUAAUCAGGAGGAAGUGGAGCGAUUACUAAGUCAAGGUGACAGUGAUAAGGACACUGUACAGAAAAUGUGUCAUCCGCUCUGUUACUGUGACAAAUGUGAGAAGCUAGUUUCUGGGAAACUGAAUGAUCCUUCCAUUGUCACUCCGUUUUCCCGAGAUGACCGGGGAUAUACACCACUUCAUAUAGCUGCUAUUUGUGGGCAAACGUCAUUAGUGGAUUUACUAGUAGCCAAAGGAGCCACUGUCAAUGCUACAGAUUACCACGGUUCAACUCCACUUCACCUUGCCUGUCAGAAGGGAUAUCAAAAUGUUACACUUCUCUUAUUGCACUAUAAGGCAAGUACUGAUGUUCAGGACAAUAAUGGAAAUACUCCUCUUCAUUUAGCCUGCACUUAUGGACAUGAGGACUGCGUCAAAGCUUUAAUCUACUAUGAUGUGCAUUCCAUUGGUAAUGAAAAGGGAGAUACUCCUCUCCAUAUAGCUGCUCGUUGGGGCUAUCAAGGGAUCAUAGAAGUGCUUUUGCAAAAUGGAGCAAAUCCAGAAAUUCAAAACCGGAUGAAAGAGACUUCCCUACAGUGUGCAUUAAAUUCCAAGAUUUUGUCACUGAUGGAAUUAAACUAUCUUACGUUUGAAAGAGGACAGAGUGCUUCUGAGUCACCGCUUAGGUCUCCUCAACGCUCAACAGAAACUUUCAGCAGAGGAUCAUCUGUCUCAAGCCUCUCAUCAGCAUCAACUGAUUUAAGGCAAGAAGAAGUAAAAAAUAGUUAUAAAGAGGUAGAAAAACUCCUAAGAGCAGUUGCUGAUGGAGAUCUGGAAAUGGUACGUUAUCUCUUGGAAUGGAUGGAAGAGGACUUAGAAGAUGAGGACGACACAGUCAGUACAUCAAAACCAGACUUCUGCCAUCCAUUAUGCCAGUGCUCAAAGUGUGGCCCAGCACAAAAG